AUGUCGGGAACCCAGCCAGUUGCGCUCUACGCGGCCAAGGUGCCUCCAGGUGGUAUCCUUGUGCCUGCUGUCCCUGAUGCCGCCGCUAUGUUCCGUGUUACCAUGGCCGCAAUUGACCCCGAUGCGGUGCCAGAGUAUGAGGAUGAGGCCCAGGCAAACAAGGCUCCCCGAGCUACAUUGAAGAUUAUCCGACCCCCUCCUGGUCUUGACUACGAGGACUCUGAGGAUGAAGACUCUGAUGAUGGGGAUGACGAGUCUGACGAUGAGGCCAAUGGCGGCCCAAGUGACCCCGCCAGAAAGAAGAAGGCGAUGCUCAAGGCAGCUUUGAAGGACAUGGAUGAUGGCAUGGAGGAGGAAGAUGAUGAUGAAGAAGACGAAGAGGACACCGAUCUUGCUGCAGCUAUCUCUAAGUUAGUCAAGGGCAAGGGAAAAGCCACUGAUGAUGAUGACAGCGAUAGUGACGAGGAUUUGGAGUUGGACGAAGUUGUCGUCUGCACACUCGAUCCAGAGCGCAACUGCCAACAGACUUUGGAUUUCGUUGUUGGUGAGGGUGAACGCGUCUUUUUCAAGGUUACGGGCACUCACACCGUCUAUGUCACCGGAAACUACGUCACUCCCAUUGAAAACAUGUAUGACAGUGAUGAGGAUGAGGAUGAUGAAGACGAGGACGAAUACGACCUCUCUCCAGACGAAGACGAGCUCGCUGCCCUUAUGGGCGAUGAUGACGAAAGUGACGAGCUAGAUGACAUUGCUAACCCAAGAGUUAUGGAGAUCGACACCGAUGAGGAAGAGGAGGUGGAAGAAUCUAAGGCUCAGGCCAAGCAAUCGAAGAAGGAUAAGAAGGGUAAGAAGCGCCCAGCAGAUGAUUCUGACGAGGAGCCAAAUUUGGAUGACAUGAUCUCCAAGACGCUAAAGGAUGAACCCGCCACCAACGGCGAAGCGAAGUUGAGCAAGAAGCAAUUGAAGAAACUGAAGAAGAACAAUGGUGAAGCUGCUGAAGCAGAGGCAGCCAAGUCCAACUCCAAAUCUGACAAGAAGGUCCAGUUUGCUAAGGAGCUUGAGCAAGGCCCAACUCCUUCGAAGACUGCCCAAACUGGUACUCUUGGCGUAAAGCAGGUGCAGGGAGUUACCAUUGAUGACAAGAAGCUUGGUACAGGCAAGCAGGUUAAGAAGGGCGAUAGAAUUGGAAUGAGAUAUAUUGGAAAGCUUGAGAAUGGCAAGGUCUUUGACUCCAACAAAUCUGGAAAACCCUUCUCCUUUAAGGUCGGAACCGGUGAAGUGAUCAAGGGCUGGGAUAUCGGUAUUCCCGGCAUGGCUGUCGGUGGUGAACGAAGACUUACUAUCCCAGCCCACCUUGCCUACGGAAAGCAGUCUCUGCCAGGCAUCCCAGCUAACUCGAAGCUAAUCUUCGAUGUCAAGCUUUUGAACAUCAAGUAA